AUUGAACGAAAUCCAUGAUGCUGGGGCGCGUGUGUCGGCGGUCUUUCUCGACACCGAUCAAGUCGCGGCUAGAUUUCAAGGCAUUGAGUGCAAACUUGGACGAUGCCAUCAAGAACGUUGCAGUCCGCAAGAGUGGAGGUGACCCUGCACGGGUUGCUUCGCUGUAUACCAAACUCGGAAGUGCGACGAACAAAGUGUACCGAUUGAGACAAGAGCGCAACCUCUUGUCCAAGCAAAGCGGCGACAUCGAGCGUGGCCGAGCGCUGAAAGCCGAGCUAACUGAUUUGGAAGCGUCUUUGGAGACGCUGACUCAUGAACUGGAGCGCGAAGCGUUGCUAAUUCCAAAUCACACGCAUCCCGACAGUCCAGUCGGUCCCGAAGAAAACUCAGUCGUGAUUCGUACAAUCGGCACGAAACCCACGUUCGACUUUGAGCCCAAAGACCAUUUUGAACUCGCCACGCACCUGGAUAUCCUGGAAAUGAACACCAAGAUUGCUGGGGCACGCUUUGCCACGUUGAAGAACGAAGGCGCGUUGCUAGAGCUAGCGCUGGUGCACUGGAGCAUGGCGAAGCUUCGAGCAAAGGGCUUCCAGGUGCAUUUGCCUCCGGAUGUCGCUCACUCUGCCAUGGUCGAAGGCUGCGGGUUUCAACCACGCGGCGACGCCACGCAAGUGUAUUCGAUCGCCAACACCGACUUGUGUCUGGUCGGAACUGCUGAGAUCCCGUUGGCGGCCAUGUUCAGCGACACUGUCUUGCAUACAACCAAGGAUCUGCCCAAGAAAGUUGCUGCCUUCGGCCAUUGCUUCCGCACGGAAGUCGGCCACGGCGGCAAGGAUACCAAGGGACUGUAUCGGAUCCACCAGUUUAGCAAAGUUGAAAUGUUCGCCUACUGCACGUUGGAGGAUGCAGAGAAACUCAUGGACGAGCUGCUGGCUGUGCAAGUCGAGAUGGUGUCGGAACUGGGGCUCCAUUGUCAGGUAUUACAUUCAGCUAGACGUGGAAGGAACUGUUGUCAUGGCAUCGACGUAGGUCGUCGACAUGGCCACGGAAGACCUCGGCGCGCCGGCGUAUCGAAAAUGGGACAUCUUGGCGUGGAUGCCUGGGCGCCAAAGCUUCAACGAGAUCUCAAGUCUGUCCAACUGCACCGACUACCAAGCUCGUCGAUUGAAUAUUCGCCACAAGAUUGAAGACAAGAAACCGCAGUUUGUUGCGACGCUCAAUGGCACGGCCCUUGCCGUGCCGCGCAUCUUAAUCAGCAUCUUGGAAACCUACCAGGAAGCGGAUGGGUCUGUGCGGGUCCCUGCCGUCUUGCGGCCGUACAUUAUGCAGGACCACAUCCGCAAGCCUCAAUCUCCCGCAUCGACUCACCACCACCACCACAAGACCGAGAUAUAGAAGGGUGUGGGUCGUGCAAUGUAUGCCCCGUAACAAAGAUAGAUCUGAAGUACUCCUUAUUGCUUCGAUCUCCUCCAGGCGGAUGCGCCAAUGGCGUAACCAUGGUCUCAGUCGGUCGCGGUGGUGCCUUGGCGCUGGUCUUGUGCUGAGAAAGAUGGCGAGCUCCUGCGGAGGCCAAAAAUAGCAAGGGGCGAAAUAUUGUAAUAAUUAACUUGAUGUUUGUAUUGGAA